UCAGUGCCCGAGUGCUGUCUGUCGACUCCACACAAUGGCUGAAAAUAGCUGUGCCGAGUGUCAAAAGCCGGCUGAUUUGAAAUGUUCGGCGUGCAAAUUGGUGUCUUAUUGCUGCAAAGACCACCAGAAGAAGCACUGGAAGACCCACAAGAGUCUGUGUCGGGCGUAUGAGGUUGUGGCCACGAAGGAAGUGGGACGGUGUUUGGUGGCUUCCAGGGACUUGAAUGCGGGUGAUGUCAUCAUCUCGGAGUUGCCGUUGGUGUAUGGGCCUAGGCCGCAUAUGGUGGAGGAGGGACCGGUGCCGUGUGUGGGGUGUUGCAGGUUGAUCAUCUGCGAGGAGUCCCCCAGGUGUCCGGGAUGCGAUUUUCCGGUGUGUCAUCUGGGGUGUCCAGGGUUACAAGAUGGGGAGAAGCACGGCUACGAGUGCUUGAUUUUGAGUUUGAGGGAGGUGAGGGCGAUUAAUGGGUUGCACGAUUUCUACAGACAAGACACCCUUCUGGCCUUACGCUGCCUUCUCCUCCAAAAAAAGCACCCUAAAAAAUACACCCAACUAAUGGAAAUGGAAGCACAUUUGGACCAGCGAAACCCAGACACCGAAGUCUACAAACAAGUCCAAGAAAGAAUAUUCGAUUACUUAGACGACUCCUUUUUCACCCCACUCAAAAUCGUCCAAACUAAAACCGGAAAGGUCAUUCUCGACGACACUUCCAAAGAAACAAUCCACAAAAUCUGCGGCAUCAUCGACGUCAACGCCCUCGAGAUCAACCAAGGGGCGGAAAUUUCCGCCCUUUACCCCACCGCCUACUUAAUCGAACACGACUGCGUUUGCAAUACCAUUCACUGCUUCGAGAACGAGGAAAACGGCUACAGGAUAACUGUAAGGGCCGCUUUGCCCAUUAAAAAAGGGGAACAUAUCACGACCAUGUACACACAUGCCCUUUGGGGAACCCAAGCAAGAAGGGAGCACCUCCUUGAAACCAAGUACUUCUCGUGUGCCUGCAAGCGGUGCCAAGAUCCUGCAGAACGUGGAAGCUUUCUUAGUGCUUUGAGAUGUCUGGGUACAGGGCCGGAUUCUUGUGAUGGGUAUCAACUCCCGGUUGAUCCAUUGGACGACAAAACGGAGUGGUUGUGCAAUAAGUGCGACAUCAAGCUCACCAACAGCGAGGUUUCUUAUUUGAUCAACCAGAUCGGUGAAGAAGUCGACCAUGUUCAACUUUCCACACCUACAGUGAAAGAUCUCGACAACUUGUUGACGAAAAUGUUGACUUUUUUGCACCCGAAUCACUACCAUGUGUUUUCUGUGAAACAUUCUCUGGUACAGUUGUAUGGCUACCAACAGGGGUACACUCCAAGUCAGAUUAGUGACGAUACAGUGAUGAAGAAGAUCUCCAUGUGUAAGGAGUUGUUGGAGACGUGUAAGAAGAUCGACCCAGGAAAUGCUAGGCUACCUCUGUAUACUGGGGUUGUCUACCACGAGCUUUACUUGGCUAAUACCAUCAUGGUUAAGAGGAAGUUCGAUUUGGGUAUUAAAUCUAAGGUGAAGUCGGUGAUGGCGAUGAUUAAGGAGUGUCAAGAGUGUCUUGAAAAUGCUGCUGAGGUUCUUAAGUAUGAGAAGAACACACCUGCUGGUGAAAAACUGUUGAAUCUUAUAGCGUCGUCGAAGAGGGAGUUUGUUGGUUGGACGGAACGAAACAAAGUCGAUUUGUCAAAGGAGUGAUAUAAAAUUUGUUUUUAUUUUAAUUGUAAAAGAUGUUAUCUUCAGACAGGUUUUUUUUUAAUUCUUUGGUGCUGACGCCGGAGUAAAGCAAAAGAAGUUUGCUUUUAACUACUGAGGAAAUCGGUGUUACGAGUAUUAAAUAUCCAAUGUUUUAGUGCAAUGUGGUAAAUUUAGUGCCUAUUUUUAUUAUUUUUAUUUUUAUUUGUGUACACGAAA